CCUCUCCCUCGGAGGCUCCGCCAGCUGAGGACUCCCCAGCUGAGGCCCAGAAACAUGAACACCAACAAACUGAGGUCCCCCCGGUGCGGGCAGUGCUGGGGGAGCUGAGGGUCUCCAGUGUCACCCCCAGCUCCGUGGGGCUGCAGUGGAGUGUCCCCGAGGGCCCCUUUGACUCCUUCACACUGCAGUACCGGGAUGCCCAGGGCCAGCCCCAGGCCCUGCCCAUCGAUGGCAGGUCCCGCUCGGUGACGGUGCCGGGGCUGUCCCCGUCCCGCCGGUACCGUUUCCACCUCUAUGGGCUGCGGGGCGGGAAGAGGAUCGACCAUGUCUCCACUGAGGCUGUCACAGUACCAGCCUCACCCUCGGAGGCUCCUCCAACUGAGGACUCCCCAGCUGAGGACCACGAACAUGAACACCAACAAACUGAGGUCCCCCCGGUGCGGGCAGUGCUGGGGGAGCUGAGGGUCUCCAGCGUCACCCCCAGCUCCGUGGGGCUGCAGUGGAGCGUCCCCGAGGGCCCCUUUGACUCCUUCACACUGCAGUACCGGGAUGCCCAGGGCCAGCCCCAGGCCCUGCCCAUCGAUGGCGGGUCCCGCUCGGUGACGGUGCCAGGGCUGUCCCCGUCCCACCGGUACCGCUUCCACCUCUAUGGGCUGCGGGGCGGGAAGAGGAUCGACCGCGUCUCCACUGAUGCUGUCACAG